CAGUUAUCAAGCACACUUGAGAAUCAUGGAAUUUAGAGCAAUCUAUCUGCUGAUGCUCUACUGUUUCAUGAAUGUCUGUGAUCUUUCUCCACUCAUCCGUCCCAGUAAUGGACUCAAUGAGUGUCGCAAAAACUCUGCUUUAACAGCACUGGAGGUUUUACCAGGAGGCGGUUGGGAUAACCUGCGUAACAUAGACAUGGGACGAGUGAUGGACCUGAGCUAUUCCCAGUGCCAGACCACUGAAGAUGGUGUUUAUCUCAUUCCUGAUGAAGUCUUUGUCAUUCCACAGAAAGAGAGCGAAGUGGAAACUCACUCUGAGAUCAUCAUGUCUUGGCUGGAGGAGAAAAGCUCAACUUCACGCUCCAUCAAUGCAGAUGCAUCUUUUUUUUCUAAAAUCAAUGGAAAAUUCUCAAAAGAAAACCAACGUAUGAAAACCCACCAAGUGGGAGAGAAUUCGGUAACAGCUCGGGUUCAAGUACAUAAUCAUCUGUACGCAGUGAAGGCAUAUCCGAAUUUCGCCUUGGACUCUGCCUUUGCUCAACAGGCCAUGGAAAUCGCAGACGCUAUUAAGAACAAUCAAACACGUCAAGCAACUUACCUGUCAGAGAAACUUAUUCUUGACUAUGGUACUCAUGUUAUCACAAGUGUUGAUGCCGGUGCCACUUUAGUGCAGGAGGACUAUCUGAAAAAGUCCUAUGUCUCUAACAGUCAGUCACACAUGUCUUCUGUCUCAGCAUCAGCAGGCUUUAACUUUUUUGGCAAAGUAAAAUUUGAUAUUGGUGGCAAGGAUACUCAAGGAAGCUCUGAAAUAAGUGAAUAUCAGGGUAACAUCACAUAUUCUUUAAUUCAGAGUCAUGGAGGGGCUUUAUUUUACCCAGGCAUCACUCUACAGAAGUGGCAGGAGAGCACGCUCAAUAAUCUGGUGGCUAUCGAUCGCUCUGGAGUGCCACUGCACUAUUUUCUCAAUCCAUCAACAUUUCCAGACCUUCCAGAGCCAAUAGUUACUAAACUAGCUUUGUUAGUUUAUGAGGCUGCAGAGAAUUACUACCAAAUAAACACAAUUCCAGGGUGUAUAUAUCCACAUUAUCAAAAUUUUAACUUCCAGGCAAAUGUGAAUGGAUCUUGUGAGGGUCCAGUCACUAACCUUAGCUUUGGUGGUGUUUAUCAAGCAUGCACUCCAUUGACAGAAGAUGGAAAUAUCAUCUGUGAUGAGUUAGCGCAGAAGAAUCCAGCCACUGGUGAUUUUUCAUGUCCUGAGCCAUACACUGCCACCCUAUUACGCUCUGAGACAAUAGAAAAUGGGUAUUAUCGUUCUGAGUGCAGGGAGAAAUGUCAUAAAUGUGGUUUUUUAUGGCUGCGUUCUUGUUGUGACCAGAUAUGUGGUGAUAAUUAUUUUGUCCGUCGCGCAACAAUUAACACCUUCUGGUGUUCCACAACUGUGAAUACUCCUAAUUACUCCGGAUAUCUUUUUGGAGGUCUUUAUGGACCAUCUUUGCCAAACCCUAUAACAAAAUCCAGCAGCUGUCCUGACAACUUCAUUGCUCAAAAACUAUUGUCUAAUGGCAUGAUGGUUUGUUUGAGCAAUGAUUAUACAAAAGGAACAAAAUCCUCAGUACCUUUUGGUGGUUUUUUUAGCUGUCAGUCUGGCAAUCCUCUUGCACAAAAUCAGUCUCGCUGUCCACCUCAGUUCAGCCAACAUUUAGCUGCCAUUAGUGAUGGUUGUGAGAUAUUGUACUGCGUCCAGUCAUCCGUGUUCACUGGUGGUGAUUUAAAGCCUGUUCACCUUCCACCUUUUACAAAUCCACCACUGAUCAGCAAUGCAACAAACAAUGUGGCUAUAAUGACAGAAGGCGAUCGGUCUUGGGUGAGAGUUGGAGGAACUAAGACAUGGCGACAGGCAGAACCAGAUGAAAUUCAAAAGGCAUUAAUGCUCGACACAUCUGGAGGAGAGAAGGCUGGUCUAGCCUUUAAUGCAAUGGUUUUAGUCGUUUUUGUAGUCAGUGCAUUUAUUUUGUGAGAAGUAGAUUUUCUGGCUGCAGAAAGCAAAGGAGAAUGCUUCAUGGUGAAGGAAAAAAGAUAACAGAACAAAUUAAAUCAUUUGUAACAUGGUGAUGGGUUAUAGGGGUGUCAUAUGAGAAAAAUCAACAUUAGUUUACAAUUAACUUUAAAUUCAACUUUCUAUCAUGAUUCAUUUAAUUAAAUUGAUUAAGUCGAAAAAAGUCAGUAAAAUUAAGUAACUUCAGCUCAGGUGCCUGUAUAUACUAUAUGGGCACUGUAAUGACCGAGCCAGAUCAGAUGCACAAUAACUACUUAUAAUUCAUAAAUAUAAGUGCAGACCCUCACACAAAAAGCAGACUAAGCCCAGGGGUCUUCAACACUACACCCAAACUGCUUUUAACAGGCCUUGUGACUAUGGCAACACAUCAAGAUUAGAGUUUUAUGACCACAAAAUAAUGUGGGAGCUUUUGAGACAAAGAAACUUUCUACUUAGUCAUGCAUGUAUUCACUUAUAAAUGUAUAAGGGAAAUGUCUUAAUCAACUAUUUCUAAUCUCACCAUGGAUUAUGUUAUUGGUGUUUAUGUUAUAUCAUUAUAUUAACCCAAACUAGUUUCAAUUAAUGUUUAAUAUUACUUACUUAAUCCAAAUCAUAUUUAGACCUUGUUUGGUAUCUGUGUGUUCCAUUUUUGAUUUCCUGAAUGAUAAUAUACAUUAUGUUUAGGAAACUCUUCUUCAUAAUAAUAUUAUGAAACUCUUUAGCACCUCAAUCCAACUGAAUUCCAUAUACAAAACAGCAUGUUGGAAGACAAAGACAGUUAACUUUCCCUCUAAAAGUAUGACCUCUGAUUGGGUCAGACACAUCUUUAAGGUGUUACCUCUUCACAGCUUAAAAACCCCUACAUAAGAACACACACAGAGUUCUUAUCUGAAAUGUCGGCUCUUCUCUGAGUUUCCCUCAGUCAUCCCGGUCUUUACAUCUCUUUCUGGAUAAGGAUGCAAAACUAAGUUUCAGCGUACCUCUAGAUUGUGCCAGGCCUAGGCCUUGUCUUUCCUUGUCUUCAUGCUCAUCAAUUCUUUCAGCCAAGUUCAACUGAAGCCUCACCAAACUACAUCAGGACACUUUUUUUUUUAAUGGGCAAGACAUGCAAGUAUCAUACUUAGUCUUAUUCACUGAUGCAUUACGCAUCCCUUUUUAACUAAGGUGCAAUCAAAUUAAGUAACUGAUGGUUCGUCUCUUCGACUUCGUUCGUCUACCUUCUUCCAAUGCUAAACUGUAUGUAUGUGUGUGUGUUUGUAUGUUUAGAGUAGUAUGUGUUCAGUAAGUCAAUAAAGUCUGAUUUGUAUCACA